GUCAGGGUUGUUUAUGUCAUUUAAAAAAUAAAUCUAUGGGUCUGGCUCCUUAUGAAAGCAAAAAGUAAGCAGUAAUGACCAUUCACUGUUGCUCAUUUCAUCCAUGUACAAGUCGACUGAAGUAUUAAACAAAAGAUUUUUUUUAUUUAGCAAAAAAAAACAAUUUUUUUUUCCUGUAUUUUUCCGUUCUGUGGGGAAAAAAGGCUAAUUUUUUAAGUUCAUUACUAUAAUCGUCUUCGUUUCUAUAAUCGUCUUCCUUUCUAAAUUCUCCUCUCGCUCCUCGUAGUCGUAUGUAUUAUCUUCAGUCAAGAAGAAAACGAAAUUCAACUGGCCCAUUACUUUUUUGUUGCUUUCAUAAGAUUCUUUUCUUUCAAAUACAGCUCGUUUUCUACCGAAAUUACGCUAAAGCUAAUACAGAAAAGAGUUCUAAAAUGCUGCAUUGUUUGACGAAAUCCCAAAGAGGUUAGAGAGAACUGGAACAAAGGUUUUUUCUGGGAUCCAAACAACUACUAGACAGACAACAUGUUCAAGUCAUGGAGCAAGAAGAACAAGAUCAAAGCAGUAUUCCAAUUGCAGUUUUAUGCUACUGAGGUACCAAAAUUGAAAAAACCUGCGGUGAUGAUAUCUUUGGUGCCAGAGGACGUUGGGAAACCGACGGUAAAAUUACAGAAAGUUCCGGUUCAGGAUGGAACAUGUACAUGGGAAAAUCCUGUAUAUGAAUCAAUGAAACUUACAAGGGAGCCAAAAACUGGAAAAAUCAACGAGAAACUUUACCACUUUAUUGUCUCAACUGGUUCUUCAAAAUCUGGAUAUCUUGGUGAAGCUGCCAUUGACUUCUCAGAUUUUGCAGCGGUGACCGAACCAUUAACUGUCUCUCUGCCUCUUAAAUUUGCAAAUUCUGGGGCAAUUUUACAUGUAACAAUUCAGAGAGUGCAGGGAGCUGAUGAUCAAAGAGAUCUUGAAGAAAAUGGAGCACCAGGGCUUCUGAGUGAUAGAAGCUCAGAGAAUCAAGAGAGCAUUUGGAACAUAGAUGAGGAAAACCUCAACCGUACAGAAGAUGGGAACCUAGCCGGUUACACAUUUAAGAAUGAUGAGUAUGGAGCCUAUGACAAAACAACUACUGCCCGUCAGGAUGCUUCUAGCUUUCUCUCGCACUUCAGACCAAGUACCACGUCUCAUAAAGGAACAGUAGAUGCCCCUGUGACAAACAAUUAUAUGCUUCACAGGUCAAACACAGAUUUGUCUGCAGAUUCAGUUUCAGAUGGAAGCUUAGUUGACUCACCAAGCAGCAUUGAAAAUAGCCGUCCAAGACAAAGAUUGCAAGAUGCUUCAGAUGAUUCCACUGAUAAAAAUGAAAUUACUAUGUUAAGGAGGCAGGUGGAACUUUCGGAACUUGAGCUACAGUCUCUUCGGAAACAGAUUGCAAAGGAGACCAAACAAGGGCAGAGUCUAACAAGACAAAUAAUUAGUCUUGAAGACGAGAGAGAUGCAUUUAAAUCACAAUGUGAACAACUAAAGUCAUUGCAGACAAGAAUUGAUGAGGCUGAGGCUCCUAAAAGAUUGCAGCCUGAGAUUGAGGAUAAAAGGUCUCAGUUAGAAUCAAUGAGACAAGAGAUUAACCAUGAAAAAAAAUUAAAUGGCAAUCUUCAGUUGCAACUACAGAAGACACAGGACUCAAACUCUGAGUUAAUCCUUGUAGUGAAAGAUCUGGAAGAUAUGUUGGAGAAAAGAAAUAAAGAAAUAUCUGAUCUUUCCAGCAAGUUAAAAUCCGCAAAGUUAGAGGUUGAAAACAAACAAUCAUUUGAAAAUCUUGCUAAGAAGCGCAAUGAUGCCAAGGAAAUAAAUUUGUUGGAACUUAAGAUUAGAGAUCUCUAUGGUGAAAUAGAUAUCUACGAGAAGGAGAAGGAAGAGCAAAAUAUGCAUAUAGAACAGCUCACCUUAAACAAUGAUCUUUUAAAGCAGGACAACUAUGACAUGUCUAUGAAGUUAAAGCAAAACCAGGAAGAAUGGAAGAAAAUGGAAAAUGAAUGCUCAGGUUAUAAAGCAGCUAUAAAAGAGCUUGAAACCCAAAUAAAGAGAUUAGAAGGAACCAUUGAGAAGCAAGCACUACAAUUUUCAGAAUCUUUGAGAGACAUUGAUGAACUUGAAAGUCAAGUUAAGGAUUUGGAGAAGAGAUUGUCGAAGCAGGCGAAGGCAUUUCAGGAUGAUCUUGAUGCCAUGGCACGUGCAAAAGCUGAACAAGAAAAGAAGGCCAUCCAAGCAGAGGAAGCCUUACAGAAUACAAAGUUAAAUAAUGCCAUUAGAGCUGAACACCUUCAAGACGACUUCAGAAGGCUUUCCUUGGAAAUGGCAACAAAAGUUGAUGUGAAUGAGAAGCAGGCCGCUGAAGCACUGAGAGAAGCUAAUGAUCUACGUCUGCGGAAUAAAAUUCUGGAAGACAAGCUCCAGAAAGCCACCAGAGAGAUUGAACUAAUCAAGGACCAGGAAAAAGUGAAGUUGCAAGAGCUUGUGAACAAAAUGGAUUUGAAAGCAAAACAAAUAGAGCAGACGUCAAUGGAACUAAAUGAAAAAUCCCAGCAGGGUGAACAAGCUCAGAAACAAGAGGAAGAGAAGCAUGAAGCUUUCUUAACAGAAAUCCAAAUGCUCAGAGCAGAGAUAGAAAGGCUCAACAAAAAGAAGUCUAGCUCCCUUGAACAGGAAGAUGAGAAAGAAAAAUUGAGAAAUGAAAUGAAAAAAUUAAAGACAUUAAUUCGUGAAAAAGAGAUGAUGGUACAAAAAUUGAGCAAACAAAAGGUUGACUUGGAGAAAAAAGUUUCUUUAGCAAAGAAGGAAGCAGAAAAAGAGUUGAAAAUUAGUUCUCUCCGUGCCAAGGAUCAGCAUAACCAUUCUGACUUGCUGACUGAAGUGGCAUCACUAAAGGAUAAGAACAAAUCUAUGGAGAAAGAACUAAAAGAAAUGGAAGAAAGAUAUUCAGAAAUAAGCCUACGAUUUGCAGAGGUAGAAGGUGAAAGGCAACAACUUGUAAUGACAGUGCGUAACCUCAAGAAUGGCAAGAAGAACUAGCAUUUGUCUGUGGUGUUGGAUUUCAGAAGAUGGAAGUGAUGCUUAAUGAAGCAGCAGGUAUGGCAAGCACUCAGGCAGGUAUCAUGGUGCACUAUAACAUGGAUGCUUGGACUUGCGGUCAAGAAAAUUAUCAUGUGUAUGAAUAAUGAUUUAGUUUCUUAUAUCUUUGUUGUUACACAAUUUAGCAUCAUAAUAGUUUAGCCAUUUAUCUGAAAAUGCUCGAGCUCCAUGUCCAGGGCUUACAACUCAGUUGUAAAAUCUCGUAUUAUAUUCGUCAGACAUUUUUGGCAUCAUGCAGUCUAGACUAACUCUUUUCAUUGAA